AUGACGCGCGUGCAGGCCGGUGUUGAUGUUCCGGUAGAACACAACUUCGCUGAUAGAAUCAUUGAAUGGAAACAUAUCAGCGGUAGGGCGGCAAUCGUCCGACCAAAGCUAGAACAGGCUAAAACGAUAACCAUGUUACAGAAAUAUGCGCUCAAUUUGCAGGGAGAAUAUGAGACCUUGCUUGAGGAGGUGCAGUGUGCUCUGACCGAUGUGCCGAAUACAGAGUCCGUCAUACUGAUGGGCGAUUUUAAUGCGCAUGUCGGAGUAGACGUUGAAGAGUGGAACGGCGAGAUUGGAAAAAAACGGCCCUAG